AUGGGCGGAUCCACCAAUGUACAACACCCAACCAACUGGGCCUGUGGAGGAUGGGGUUUUGGCAGACAAGAGCUGGUCGAGUUCCUCGAUAACUUACCUCAAGAGGACCGUACCAAGCUCGGCAUUCCCUCCGCGGAAGGUUUAGAGAAAUCGUGGGACAGUAUAUCCUACGAUAUUCUUACCCGCUGGAUCGAUGCUAAAACACCUAGGCCGAACCUUUUCGUGCUUAAAGGCGCAAAGAUCUCGCGCGGCCGGCCUACUGACGCCCGGGAUCUGGCAGGGAUGGUCUAUAUUUUCACCAUGCUGUUGAAGGAGAACCCGGGCGACGACUUUCACUUUGAGGAGAUGGAUAUGUUCGAUCAGGAGGUCGCGUACAGGAGGGGGAUUUUGGGAAAUAUGGGGUUACCGAUGGAUGGAAAGACGUUCAGAACAUUCACAUCGGGAAGGGACGGGGUAGAAUUUUUGAACUGGACUUCAAGUCCACGCAAGGCCUAG